AUAAUCAAACGAUCGACUGAAUAGAGAAGAGCGAAACGACCAACAACUGAAGAGGUGCAACUAAUAUUGUUACUAGUUGCCGUAUUCAAAACCAUGACGGCGGAUAGCAUUGAAAAGAGUUUAAAAGAAGAAUUCCCAGACGCAACCGAGGCGGAGUGCUUUCGUUUUGUUCAGGCAGCCAAAGCAGUCCAUAAGAAAGCGAACGCAAAACUUGAUAAAGACAAACUCAUAAAAGAUACUGCAAGCGAGAAGCUGGAAGAAUAUCUCGAAUGGAGAAGUUUGUACGGGCUUGACUACGAUCGACCCGCAAAGGACGCAGACGAUAGUUCAAUAUGGGAGUGGGCCGCUCGAAAAGCUUUGGGUGCAGCCGAAACAAAGAAGCGCGAGGCGGAAGCCCUUCGGGCGGCGGUAGAAGCCAAACGAGCCGCCGACCGAGAAGCCAGGUUGAAAGCGAAAAGAGGCGACGUCGAUGACAAACCACCGAAGGUGGACUACGACGCGAUGAGAGAACAAGUAAUGCGUGAAGAAGAACUAGCGAGAACCGGAGGCGGAGACGACGGCCAAACUGAUGAUGAGGAGAACAACGACAGCAAGUGCAUUGGAGAAGGAAAGGCUGAGUCCAAAACAACACUUCCCCAGGUUUUCUUUCGACGUAAAGACCCGAAGACGGGAAAGUUACUAUGUGAUAAAAAAGGGACGGAGCUUAUUCACGUGUUGGCAGCAAGGAUUGAUCGUUUCGCCACCGACAACGAGACCUGGGCACUGGCCGUCGCCCUUUAUAUCGAUGCGAGUGUGGAUAGAAACUCCAAACACUCUUUUGCAAUUUUAGUCGAUGCAAGAUCUGGCGAGGGCUGGCCUAAUCCUGUGAUACUCAUGAUUGUCUCCUUGAUAGGUCAAAUCGUCACGGAGAUCGAGAAGCGUCAGCCAGAACGUUGCAAAUCUUUGAUCAUCUGUCCCUUGCCCCGAGCUCUGAUGAUGGUUUGGGGAACCGUGAGGGGUUUUUACAGUGCCGAAAUGAAUGAACUGAUUAUAGCGUUUUCCGGUCCAUCGGGCAUCGGCUCUCCCCUCCCGAAAAAGAAGUUGGAUCCUCACGUCGAAGAUGCCACAAUCGAAUUUUUUGAACAAUGCAGAAGAGAUCUUUUUGUGUGUGAAGUUGAGGAUGAGAAAGUAUGAGAAUUUAGCCGAAGAUUCCUUUUGUUGGAACUAGAAUUUCAAUGGUCAAGUGGGGGUGUGUCCAAUAGAAAUGGUGCAGUUUUACCGCAAUCAUAGUAGUAUCUAAACAAACAAUGAAUGUAAUCAUUCAAUACUAUCAAAAUGUUGUAUAAAUAUUGGUUAAGAUAAUUGUCAUAAAAAAGUAUUUUGAAAGGGAAGCUUCGUUUCCUUUCAUCAUGGAUGUAUAAAUUACAUUUUUUUUCUGGGAGUACACAGGAUAUGCGGUACUACUCUGCGUGUUCGACCAAGAAUGUUUUGCCGUGUUCUGUGUUGUUUAUAACAUGCUGGAGACUGGCGAGUCAUAAGCGCUGCUCAUCCCCGUGAACUCCGUGCUGCCCGUGGGAGCAAGCUCGAUAUCUCGGUUUCCACCGCUCCGACUUCUGUUGCGCGAAGAGCGGCGACCGCUUCGGUCUCGCUUGCUCGAGCUCUUUUUCUUCUUUUUCCUCUUUCGUUCGGCCUUUCUCUGGGCCCUUGCUUCCUGUGCCGCCGUUCUGGCAGCCCGUCUCUUUUUCGCCAGUUUCUUCCUGUAGUUGUGGAUGUCCUCGCUGAGCACCCGGAAGAAUCCUCUCAGUCCACCCCCACUAGCCGCCAUUCGUUCUCGGUUUUGUACAUGGUAACCAAAGACAAGAAAGAAGACACCGGCGAUUAUCAGGAACCAGCUGAGGACUCGGAGGGGCACCUUGAGCUUCAUGUUGGCUACUGCCCAGGUCGGCGAUUGUCCGUGGGCGACUGCUCGCAGAGCGUAAUCGUAGCUAGCCUUCUUUCCAUAGGGGUCGGGGCAGCCGUUGGGGUAAAGGUUAAGAUCGCAGCUCCAAGAAUUCUUAAAGAUUUGCGUAGCUACAUCCGCCGAUCCAAAGCUUCUUCCCCAUAUUCUGUGGCAACCAAUCUGUCCCAUCUGGCGGUUGUAUUUCCGAAGGGGAUCGAUAAUGUCGUAAAAAUCAGUUCCAUGACAAUACUCUCCCUCGAAUUCGGCGAGCGCGAAUUUACCCUUCUCCGAGCAUCCCAUGGUGCUCGACAUGUAGUUUUCUUCGCUGACCACGCAAUUCGCGUUGGAAAUGUUGUAACCAUUCGCGUAAUUGGAAUUGUAGUACCCAUUGGUGUACUCUGCGUUGUAAUAGACGCUGGGUCUUUUA